GGUAUGGAGUCUCCUCGCCCCAAGUACAUUCAUCUCUUUCAUUACAAAACUUGUUUGCCGGAGUCUAGUCUGUGGUCUGCGGGAGCCGCCAUAUUGUCAUCCCUGAAGAAACGAGAGCCCUGAACACAGUGUUGCCGUACCUCCCGAGCCCUCCUGGCAAUGUCUGGUCCAGUCACCAGCCGCUCCCGGGUCUACCCCGAUGUCAACACACAGAGGCCCCGCGAAUACUGGGACUACGAAUCACACGUGGUGGAGUGGGGGAACCAAGAUGACUACCAGUUGGUGCGGAAGCUGGGCCGAGGCAAAUACAGCGAGGUGUUUGAGGCCAUCAACAUCACAAACAACGAGAAGGUGGUCGUGAAAAUACUAAAGCCAGUAAAGAAGAAGAAAAUCAAGCGAGAAAUUAAAAUUCUUGAAAACCUGCGAGGGGGGCCCAACAUCAUCACACUUCUAGACAUCGUCAAGGACCCUGUGUCUCGGACGCCAGCUCUGGUUUUUGAACACGUUAACAACACAGACUUCAAGCAAUUGUAUCAAACGCUAUCAGACUACGACAUACGGUUCUACAUGUACGAGAUAUUAAAGGCCCUGGACUAUUGCCACAGUAUGGGCAUCAUGCACAGAGACGUGAAGCCACACAACGUCAUGAUCGACCAUGAACACAGAAAGCUGCGUCUGAUAGACUGGGGUCUGGCAGAGUUUUACCAUCCGAGCCAGGAGUAUAACGUGCGGGUGGCCUCGCGAUACUUCAAGGGACCCGAGCUGCUAGUGGACUACCAGAUGUACGACUACAGUUUAGACAUGUGGAGUCUUGGCUGCAUGCUGGCCAGUAUGAUCUUCAGGAAAGAGCCCUUCUUCCACGGACACGACAACUACGACCAGCUUGUACGAAUCGCUAAAGUCCUGGGCACGGAAGACCUCUACGACUACAUUGACAAGUACAACAUUGAGCUAGAUCCCCGGUUUAAUGACAUCUUGGGCAGACAUUCUCGGAAGAGGUGGGAGCGCUUUGUGCACAGUGAGAACCAGCACCUGGUGAGCACGGAGGCACUGGACUUCCUGGACAAGCUCCUGCGCUACGACCACCAGGCCCGCCUCACGGCCCGGGAAGCCAUGGAGCACCCCUACUUCUACCCCAUAGUGAAAGACCAGGCCAGGAUGGGAUCCACAUCGGGACUGUCAACCGGCUCCACCCCCGUCAGCACCUCCAGUAUGAUGGCUGGCAUCACGUCCAUGUCGUCCUCCCAGCAGCCCCUGGGCAACAUGGCCGGCUCCCCGGUCAUCUCCGCCCCCAGCGCCAUGGCAACACAGGUGCCCGCGGCAACGGGGGCGCAGCCCUGAACCCUGAGCCACGGCCGGCCGCCACCUCCUCCAUCACCAUCACCACCGACCGCUGUCUCCAAGCUGCUGCCAUCACACACACACACACACACACACACACACACACACACACACACACACACACACACACACACACACACACACACACACACUUACCCUUCCUUGACCUUUAACCUCUCCCCCUCCAUCCCGCCCCUCUCCCUCUCCCUGGCCACAUUUUUAUGUCGAGUAUACCGAACCAAGAGAAGAGAUGAACAGACAAGAUUAGGUUUCUUUUUUUCUUUUUUCUUUUUUUUUGUUUGUUUUGUUUUUAUUAUUUUUUCUUUUUUUUCCAUACAAUAAUUAUAUAUUGAAAUUCGGGCGCAAGAAGAAAAAGCAGAAGAUAUGACGUCGCGUCUGUGUCCGAAUUUGAGAAAAGCUGUAGCUGCGUUCUUUGAUGAUGACCCGUGUCUAGAAAUGCAACUACAAUGUAGAAAAUGAAAAAUGGAUAAUAAAAUUUAUUUUAUAUGUC